UGCUAGCAGAGUAAGCGUGUGCUUGUGCGUGUAUCUAUACUUCUUAGGAAAAAAAUCAUCAGAAUAAAAAAAUGCUUCGCUCUGAGGACUACCAUGCCCACAUAUCAAAAGUUCACAGGUCACAUAGUGUUCUCCCUGAUGUCCCUAGGUACCCCAAUGCUCACUUGGCCUUCCAGAACCAACACGGCCAUCACAACUCAAAUCCUAAUGAGAGGACUGAGGUGGUAGACUAUGAUCAAACCACCACCUAUCCUGGGAGGAGUGAAGCCAUCUGCCAAGAAACAGUGGAUGUUGAAAGUGAUCAGUACACUCCCAGGAAGAACAAGGGUCGCUUUGAAUUGCACAAGUGGAAGACCUAUAGGCCUUGAGAAGCUCAUGGCCACGACACUAGUUUGCCACAAAAACUACCUACUACAUCAUAGUCAGAAGUGUGAUUGUGUUGUGUGAAAUAAAUGUCUGGUUAGCCAGCUAUUAUGUAUAAUUAACCCGGGAGUGUUUCAUACAUGUAGUACAUUAGUACUGAACCUCCCAUGUAUGAACUAUUAAUGAAGCAUAUACAUCACUAUAUCUAUAUCUUAUUUUAAUUA